AUGGAUAAUUGUUUUUCCUCGAAAUUGAAUGUCUUAGGUUUCAGCCAUUUCGCGUUUAUUAACAACUACAAAUUUAAAAAUAUUAUAAAUAAUGUAAAACAGAAAAUUAAUUCCUUAAUUAAUGAGAGUGAUAAAGAAAAACUUAGGGAAGGAUGUCGAGAUCUGGCAAAUUAUCUAAUUAAAAAUAAAUCUCCACCAACAUAUUAUAGUACCUUAAAAAAUAUAUGGGAAGGAACAUUAAAGGAUUGGGUAAAACCUCAUUACGAAAAACUUAAUAAACAUGGAAUAUGCCCUGUUAUUAUGGAUGAAAAUGGUAAAAAACUUUUAGAAUUAAAAUAUGAAGAAGAAGAUUUCUGCGAAAAAAAAAGGAAAUAUCUAGAUGAAAUAAAACAUUUAAAAAGAGAAAAAUCAAGAGAAACUGAAGAUACAUAUUUAAGAAAAUGCAAUGAAUAUUAUAUAUGGAUUGAACAGAAGCAGAAUUUUUUUGAUACAAAGAAAGAUCUCUUUGGAACAUGUUACCAAAAAGAUAACCCAAGGGGAAAAAAAAAAAAAAAAACUCCAGAAUUUAUAUGCGACUUAAUGAAUCCUGACACUUAUAAAAAACUUGAUGAAUGUCCAUCCUUAGAUAAACUUAAACCUCCAAAACCUGUAUCAAAAAUAGAAGAAAUAAAUUUACCACCACAUGGUCAAGAAACAUCUAAAGAUCUAAAUAAAUCCCAAGUUCCACUUGAACAGGAAAUACAAACUGAAUCUGCAGACAGAGUCCCAACUAAAAAGAUAGCUGAACAUGUACAAGAUAAUAAACCUCAACCACAAUCUAAACCUUCACGCGAAAUUCAAGAACAUGGUCACUCUAUAUACCCCGAGAAAACUCGAUUCAUGUUACCUGAGGAUAUAUUUACACAACCUGAAUCAUCUGAUACAUUAACAAUUCCAACAGAUUCCGAGUCAUCAUCCCUAGUAAAAAUAGGUAAAACUGAAUCAUCUACUCCACAUUUACAAGGUAUAAAUUCAACCAGUUCUUCCGGAGAUAAAGCAUCAUUAACUGAAAUAUCGCAACAUGAUUCAAAUUCUUUUCUUUCCGUUACCCCCUCUAAAAUUCCAGAAAUGUUUAAAAAAAAAAAGAAGAUAAAAAGAAGACAAGUUAAUCUACUGAAAAUACUAAUACCUGCGCUUCCUGGAAGAAAAGACGAAUUCUCAACAAAUAAUAAUUUAGAAAACACAAUAUAUGAUAACGAAAAAAUAAUAAAAAAAAUAAAAGUAAAUGAAUAUAAUUUGAAAAAAAAUUUACAUAUGGCAUACCAGAAAAAUAACAGAUCUAUGACAAUCAUAGAAAUACAUAUGGAAAUAGUACAACAAUUUAGAAGUGGAGAAUGGGAAUUAAACAAAGGACAAUAUUUAGAAAUAUGCCUAGAAAUGUUUACAAAAGAUGAACAUAGAACAUAUUCUAAUUUAAUGAAGGAAGAACAAAUAAAUAAAAAUACUAAAUGCAACACUUAUAUUGAAAAACAGAAGAUUAUAUUGAAUAAAUGGGGAAAAAGACAUAAAAUUUUUUUAGAAAAAUUGAAGAAAAUAGAUUGGUUUAAUAAUUUAAAAAAUGAAUGGAAAAAUGAACAAACUUACUUAAAAAAAAAUGACGAAUUAAAAAAUAAUUUUUCAAAUGAAAUACAAAAUGUUCCAUUUUUAGAAAGAGAAAAAUAUAUAUGGAAACAAUGGAUAUCAAAAAAAGGUAUGAUUAUAGAACACUAUUUGGAGCAGCACUUCUUUGAGGAAUUAACACGUGAACUGCAGAACUUGUCAGAUGAAUACGUUAAUGAUGAAAUGGAUAAUGAAGUAUCACUAAUAAAUAAAAUAGAAUUGGAAAACAAAGAAAGCUGUGAAAAAUUAUACAAAUAUAUAAAACAAAAAUUAAUAUCAAAACUGUGUAUACUCAUACUUAUGAUGGUACUAGACGAAUGCAAAAAAGAAGAGUAUAUAGAAAAUAAGGAAUCACAUUUUGAUAGCUCCAUAAAUAUAUGGAAGACAGAAGAAAAUUUAUUAAUGAAAACACAUAUUAUAGAAAAUAUUACUGCAAAGAAGAGCAGUGCCCUGGAAAGUAAUAGAAACGAGGAAAUUCAUGAUUAUAUAGGAGGAAACGGCUUCAGAGAGAAGAUAGAAGAUUGA